GUCGCUAUUGUCGUGCUGCCGACCUGCAUGUGGCUUGGGGUCACGUUCACAGCGCUAAAUAUAUUUCUAGUCACAAGUCGCAUAUUUGGCGUCCCUCACUUGCACUGGAUGACAAGACACGACGAUCUCAAGAUUUCAGAGGGCAUGCCCAGACUUGAGCACAUGCAGUACUAUCUUGUAUGACCAAUACACCAGAAAGGAUGGCCACGCCUCCAUACGUAUUUCCCGGGCCGGACCUACCGUACACUGAAUGGAGGGGUAUCCAGUUCCUAUGUUUGGUGACUAGAGACAACCUGGAGUCCAUACAGAAUUUUCAGUUCAAAGAUGGCGACGUUGUCAUCAUUGGAUUCCCAAAGACAGGCACACAUUGGAUGAGGCAAAUCGUGCACAAAAUCAUGUACGGAAGGGGAGAAAGGUGCAACGAGCACAAUGACUACGUCCUGGAGUUCACUUGGCCUGAUAGGCUGCCAUGCCAAGAAGAACUGUCAGGAGUCGCUUCUCCGAGGCUAAUGGUCACCUACCUCAGCAGAGAUCUGGUCUCACGAGGAUUGGCCCAGCCGUCCAAGAAGAUCAAGGUAUUGGUGGUAAUGAGAAACCCAAAAGACGUGUGUGUUUCCUUCUACCACUGGUCCAUAAAAAGCAACUUUUUCAAAACGCCUGAAUCCUGGGACUCUUUUCAGGCAGACUUCUUGGCAGGAAAACUCUCACGAGGGUCCUAUUAUGAUCAUCUCCUUGGCUGGUGGCAGUUGAGGAACGAUCCCCACUUCCUGUUCGUCAAGUACGAGGAUCUGAAGAAGAGAAUGUGUUCGUCAGUGAAGAGGAUGGCAGAGUUUCUGGACGAGCCUCUCAGCGAUGCUGACGUGGAGUCCAUCUUGCAGUCUUGUAGUUUUGACACACCGUCAGAGCCCGGAACACCACUGUCAUACAUAAAGAGAAAAGGUGUCGUUGGUGACUGGAAGAACAUCUUCACAGAGCCACAGAGUGAGGCGUUCGACAAGCAUUUCAGAGAGAAAUUCGAAGGAAGUGGGCUUGAGUUUGAGUAUGAUUAGAGUAUGACACAGUAUAUAAUGUUAACAUUUGUUAAGCUGAACCCGAUUAUGUUUUAUUUGCAUUGCCCGUGUGUAAGCAUUGUAAGUAGUUGCUGUUACACAAGCGACCAAUAACAUGUUGUGGUGCGAACUGGGUAUUCGCCUUUUUAGUGUUAUAAUAAGCCGAAAUUUCAAUUGUGCUAGGUAGUAACUCGUAAUAUUUCAUCGAUCAUGUAUUGUCUAUUGACAAUAUGUCUGUAUUAUGAAUCCCACAAUUCGAUCAGCGUGUUGGCUUCCAAGAGCUCGAGGUUCAACCAAGGAGCCUGCCUGUAAUGUCCUAGUCCUUCGAGUGGAAUAGCUAGAAGAAGACUAGUAAAUACUUAAAAUCUACUUCGUAUUUUCUAUGAAUUAUUGCACAAACAACUAUCCACAGCGUCAUAUAAGAGCCAUGCCAUAUGUGCACUGCAUAUCAGACCAGAUGUAGCUGGAUGUGGCAGGUUGUGGUAUAGGCAAACCACGACAGGGUCGUAUUUUCCCCCACUGAAUAUAUAAUUUAUUACAAUAUCAUUUCAAAUGUGAGUUUCCAGCAUUUUCUCCACUGUGGUUUCAGAUUUUGUAUAUGUAACUAAACGUUGCGUCGAUGAAGGUUAGACAUACAGAUAAUAAGAUACGCCAAAUCAUGAGUAAUUCAGUAACUUGAUAUGAUUUUUGAAACUAAUCUUUCAUAAUCCUACUACUCGAAAAGACAUUUUCAUAAUCGCAGUCAUCUCCAAAAAUUGUUGUUACCCUUGGAUUUGGACAUAGACAUUUCCUAUCAUAAAGUAACUAAAUCAAAGAGCCGUUGACAAAUAAAACAAAAACACAAUCAUUGUCGUUUACCAUUUAUUACCUAUAUGGGUCUGCUGUGAAUGAUUCAGUACCAGUUUUCAGUUGAAAUGUCGAACUUGUUACGUUCUUUAACCAUCUUGACUUGAUAACCCUUCAUUCUGUUAUGUUAUAAAGGCAAUAUAUAAUGCCUACGGUUGUAUCUUAUACAUUGAUGUAUAUAUGAUGUAUGUGCGGUACACCUUUGACAAGUUGUGGGAUGUACAAAGAUACCCGGAGUCAUUGGAAAUUUCAUUGUCUUUGUCAAUGCGCAUUAUUUUAUACACAGUUGUAUGCCUCUUAUUAGCCUGAAAACAACCUCUUUUAAGCGUUCUAACUGAAACCUUUUUCUUCAUCACCACAGCAUACCUCUUUCUAUUGGUAACCUACUGUAUUUAAGUUCAACGGUCAAGAAUGAUUCAAGCAGACAUUUUAUUUUAGGGUCAGAAUUUUAAAACGAAUAAUAAAUGCAUUUCAAGACUUAAA